CAUGAGACAGUCGCCAUUAUUCUUGAAUUACGCGCCAUAAUUUGUCGCGAUCCACAGAAACGUUAGGCUGAAGAUAUGUUAGUCUUAUUUAUGUUGCCGAAGAAGCCGCACGUGCAUUAACAAAAUAUUCGCCAGUCCCGAUUCGUAUUCAUCAUAGUGAAAUUUUUCCUUAAGAUCAAUUCAGUAUCUCAUAAGUGGUUUCUGAUAUACUUUGAGAUUGGUCCGAAGUUUUCAACAAGACAGGUAAUUAUCCAUUUUAUCGUUGAUAUUCAUUAUUAGCCAAUUUUUUGAUUUUUUACCAAAAUACGACAGUUUGAAAGUCAGGCAUAAGAUGGGCUACCAUGAGACACGAAUUUUGGGCCUCCUUGAGACGUGUCUCAUGGUGGCCCAUAAGUAAAGAUUCCUAUUGAAUAAGUUUUUCGUUCAAGGCAUGUCAAGAGGACGAAAAAGGAAAUCUGACAAAGGCCUGUUCAGUGCAGACUCGAUGAAACAGGCUGUCAAAGAUGUAAUUGUACAUAACUUGAGUUUAAGGAAGGCAGCGGAGAAAAACAACGUUAAACACCAGACAUUAGCUAGGUACGUUAAAAAAACACAAGAUACUAAAGGUAAUAAAGAAGAAUUAUCUUACCGCCCCCACUAUGAUACACGGAGAGUGUUUUCCGACGAACAGGAAAAUAUUCUGAAGGAUUUCAUUAUCAAAUGUAGCCAAAUGUGCUACGGCAGGUCCACAAAAGAUGUUAGACAGUUAGCUUAUGAACUUGCCGUCCACAACAAAAUUCAUAUCCCAAAGCAAUGGAUAGAGAAUAAGACAGCGGGGGUGGACUGGUUACAGGGGUUCAUGAAACGUCACCCAGAACUGAGUAUUAGGCAACCAGAAGCCUGCAGCCUUUCUAGAGCUACAUCCUUCAAUCGCAACAACGUCGAGCAGUUUUUUCGAAACUUAGAAGAUGUAUUGAAGCGCUACAAUGGUUUUGCCGCUGGAACUCGUGUCUAUAAUCUGGACGAGACCUCCACAACCACAGUCCAAAAAUCCUCAAGGAUUUUAGCGAAAAAAGGAGUGAAGCAAAUAAACAAGGUGACUAGUGGAGAACGUGGAUUAUUGGUAACCACCUGCUGCAUUAUAAGUUCUGCAGGAAAUGCUUUACCACCAGCUAUGAUCUUUCCCAGGGUUAAUUUCAAGCCUCACAUGUUACACGGAGCUCCAUCAGGAACCUUAGGCCUCGCUACCCCAUCGGGUUGGAUGAAUUCUGAGCUUUUCGUAUCUGUUAUUAAGCACUUUAUUUUUCACUCUGGCAGUUCAAAGUUGAAUCCAACCUUGCUACUGUUCGAUAAUCAUGAAAGUCACCUUUCAAUUGAAACCCUGAACCUGGCUAAAGACAACGGAGUUGUUAUUUUAACACUGCCGCCCCAUUGUUCUAAUAAACUACAACCAUUGGAUGUAUCAGUAUUUGGGCCAUUCAAGACCUAUUAUAACAGUGCAUUGGACUCAUGGAUGAUGACAAAUCCUGGAAUUCCAGUUACAAUAUUCCAGAUUGCCGAGUGCGUUGGAUAUGCGUUUGACAAAUCCAUGACCCCUAACAACAUCAAAGCAGGUUUCAAAAAAUGUGGCAUUGUGCCAUUUGAUAGCCACGUUUUUGGAGAUGACGAUUUCCGAAUGAGCAGCGUCACUGAUAGGGAGGAACCUUCAAAAACAAGCCAAGGAGAAAUUACUGUUGAAACACCUACUGACAAAAGCGAAGUUUUAGAAGCUCAUACAGGCAAUAAGGAAAUUGAAUUAUUAAACAGAACUCCUGAAAAAAAUACUUCAGAAGCGAUUAACUUUAAAUCCCCGGAAGAACUAUUUGGAUAUCCAAAAGCCAAACCAAGAAAAACCUCUAAUCCCAGAAAGAGGGGUAAAAGUAUUAUAGCUACUGAUACACCCGAGAAAUUAGAAAUUGAAAAUAAAUUUUUGGAGAAGAAGCGGAAGGAGUCACUUAGAAUGGCCAAGAGAACCAAGCGAAUGUUGGUCCAUUUGCCAAUAGCUAAAAAAAAUCGACAAUAUGCUUCGUCAUCUGAAAGUGAACAUAGCUCAUUCAUUUCUGAUUCCUCAGACGCAGAGUCGUUUGAUGAGUUAAAUAUGAACGGAAGUAAGGACAAUCUCAACCCAGAUAUCAACUCCUAUGUCUUGGUUGAGUUUCAUGACAAAAAGUCUGUUUUCUUUGUGGGUAAAAUCAUAGAUAUCAUUGAGGAUGAUUUCAAAGUAAGUUUUUUGAGGCAUAGUGUCAAACAAAAAAACUGUUUUAUUUAUCCCGCUGUGGAAGAUAUUUCUUUUGUAAAGAAAACCGAUAUCAAAUGUUUGCUUUCUGCAAGUAGCCAAGUGGCUGGAACGAAACGGCAGCAAUCUUACAUAAAUUUUGGAGUUAAAUUCGACGGAAUCGAAAUCCAAGCAGAAGUCAAGGCAAAAUGGCAAAAUUUAAGAAGCAAUUAUAUGAGGGAAAAGCGGAAGCUGAAAAAUAUCCCUUCUGGGGCCGAUGCAAAAAGGGCGAAAAUUACAUGGCCGUACUUCAAGUCACUGUGGUUUCUCGAUCCACCAUUGAAACAUAAAGCAACUUCAGGAAACGUUCCAGAAUCCGCCAAUUUCAAUACUAGUGAAAUUGCUGAGGAUAACACAGAAUUUGAUUAUGAGCUGCAAGAAGAAAGCCAAGAGUCGCUUCAAGAAGAAGGGGACUCUCAUCAACAAAGAAUUAUUCAGUCAAAGGGAGUUGAAAAUAAUAUGCAAGAUUUUCAACAUGAGUUCAAUAGCUUUUUCGCAUCCGCUGCCCAUGAAACUUUGAAAGAUCUGGGUGAUCAGGUUUUCGACCCUGUAGGUAUAAUUCCUGUGGUGGAGAAUACUGCUUUUUCCUUCUCGGAGGUUACAUUUAAUGAUGUCAGGGAUGCGAUUAAUUCCUUGAAACCUGGUAUGGAAUUCUUGCCUGGGGGAAUUCUUCUUCACGCGAUAGAAUAUUUGGUCUUCAGAGGAGAGCCGUAA